GUCAAGAUGAGGAUUGAUCAUUGAUACUCUCUUUAUUUUGGCAACUCCAGUUUGCUUCGCUGGAACCAUCUCAAUCAAUCGUCACUUAUAUUUGCUGCCAAUUUUAUAAUUAAAUUAAGCCCUUAAUCACACAAAAAAAUAAUCAGAGCCUUUUCCUCUCUUCCAAAUUCCGAUUUGACAAUUGCCGGAAAACAUGUCGUACGCCUAUCUCUUCAAGUACAUCAUCAUCGGCGAUACUGGGGUUGGUAAAUCAUGUUUGCUUCUUCAGUUUACUGACAAGCGUUUCCAGCCAGUGCAUGACUUGACCAUUGGGGUCGAGUUUGGGGCGAGAAUGAUCACGAUUGACAACAAGCCCAUUAAGCUUCAAAUAUGGGACACUGCCGGUCAAGAAUCUUUUAGAUCCAUUACCAGGUCGUACUACAGAGGAGCUGCUGGUGCACUUUUGGUUUAUGAUAUCACCAGGAGAGAGACUUUUAAUCACUUGGCUAGCUGGCUAGAGGAUGCAAGGCAGCACGCAAAUCCGAACAUGUCAAUUAUGCUGAUAGGCAACAAAUGUGACCUUGCCCACAGAAGGGCCGUUAGCACAGAGGAAGGUGAACAGUUCGCUAAAGAACAUGGGUUGAUUUUCAUGGAAGCUUCCGCUAAAACUGCUCAGAAUGUAGAGGAGGCUUUCAUUAAAACAGCCGCCACAAUAUACAAGAAGAUUGAAGAUGGGAUUUUUGACGUAUCAAAUGAGUCGUACGGAAUAAAAGUAGGUUACACUGGAAUCCCGGGCCCAUCCGGCGGCAGAGAUGGUUCUUCCCAAGGUGGAGGUUGCUGCAGUUGAGAUUUGUUCUUAAGCAUCUUGCUUUCAACCUCAGCUAUGCAUCUUCACACCUUUGUUCUGUUUGCAAUUUGUAUCUUGUGAAUCGGCUUAACUGUAAAUUUGACAAUAGGUUGGUAUAUGUCAUUGUAUAAUGAAACGGGUGGUGAGCUUUGGAAUGUUUGGCGAAUUCGGGAAUGUGUUUCGAUAGGUGCAUUAUAUGUGGUCUUCUGAAUGAAAAACAUAGUAAUGAUGGUGUCUUGUGAUAUAUUUGCGUUCAUGUAAACCAUUUCUUGUAAAUUAUGAUCCAUAUAAUGUUUGUUUCUUUGUUAUAAUUAUGUAUAAGCUUGGACCAAUGAGCUUGUAAUAAUAUCCAACAAACCACGGGGAUAUCUCUAAUCAUUAUAUGAACUUCUG